AUGAAUUCUACGUACACUCUUGCACUGCCUUGGCCUACCGGCAUUGCAGCCCUCACCGCCUCCAACACUUCAUCCUCUUCACUUUUCUUGGAUAAUCAAGACCAAAUCUUCUCAGUAGAUGACUCGCAGUAUCUCGCAGUCACCUCUGAUAUCGUUUCUUCCAUCUCAUACUCCUCAGAUCCUGCUCACGGACCUGUUACCUAUAUCUCCGGCUUGCUUUCUAAUACCACUGCUGAUGAGCUCGAACAAGUCAUCAAGAGUUCAUUGGAGCAAGAUGAUGUUUUCUCGGAGGCCUUUCUCGAUACCAUUCUUGUCAGUGCGGGCGAUGAGGGGGAUCUUGACUCCUCAGUCGCGAGCUACUUCAACAGUCUCAACGCAACUGUCAUCUAUGGAGGGGAGAGCGGCCCGAGUCUCUGCGGCAAUUCUACCUUGACCCCAUGCCCCAUGUUUGGCCUUGCAGACGGCAGUAGCCUCAGCCUGAGCAAAGUCUUCCGGUUGUAUGUCGAUACCUACAGAACAUUCAUGGUUGGAACAUAUGAAUCGGGAGAUGGCUACCGUCCUUUACCUUAUUCCGAUUCGGAAUGGGGCGCUCCAUCUAUCCCUGUACCCUCAAGACUUUACAGUAUCGAAGAUGACAGACCUCUCGCUGGGAAGCGAAUUGGAGUCAAGGACAUCUACGAUCUGGAGGGCAUACAGACCACGGCUGGUAGUCUAGCGUACGCCUCUCUUCACUCAAAGGCCGACACGACAGCUCCAGCACUCCAGCGCAUUAUCGAUCUGGGCGGAGUAGUGGUCGGUAAGCAGAAAACAGCCCAGUUCGCUUCACCCCAGAGUCCUUGGGAUUGGAACGACGUCAUUUAUCCUCGCAACCCCCGUGGAGAUACGUUUCUGACCUGCUCCGCAUCCUCUGCUGGAAGUGCCUGCUCUAUCGCCGCGUACGAUUGGCUUGACUUUGCUAUUGGUACUGACACCGGCAAGUCUAUCAGGGAACCUGCUGCCGUUGCUGGCAUUUUUGGUAAUAGACCCUCCCAAGGAAUGAUCGUCAUGGAUAACAUCGUCACCAAUGCAUUCAACACGGAUACUGCCGGAGUCUUUUCCCGCGAUCCGGUUAGUUGGGCCAAGUUCGCAAAGGCCUGGUACGAUCCUUCCCUUCAUCAAGACACAUCGAUCAAUGGCUUACCUGCCUUGUCCGUGCCUGAUGUCCAAACUUUCCCCAAGCGUCUCCUCUAUCCUGUUGAUCAUCUGCCAAUGCAGAAUCCGGCUGCUGAAGCUAUUCUUCAAAAGUUCCUGGAUGAUGUGACGGAUGCUGUUGAUGUCACUGUCGACAAGAUCAACUUGACGCAGACCAUUGAGAAGACGCUGGACCGACCACUACAGGGCAUGCUCGACGAUCUCACCGUUCUCUGGACUCAUGACCUGAUCACAGAAACGGCUGAUCCACUGAUUGCCAACUACAAGCCCGGGUUCCCUCCUAUUGAUGAGCCUUAUCGAUCAUUCUUCCGCAAUGCAGUGGCGGACGAUAGCAGCUACAAGUCUGCAAUGGAAAACCGUACUCGCGAUGCAGCUCUUUGGCACAAACAAGUCCUCUUCUCAACAAACAGCUCUUGCUCCGAGUCCAUCUUGCUAUACGACAUCGGCACAGGCGGUCUCCCGUCCUUUCGCGAAAAGGACCUGAAUGAUUCCCCAGGAGCUGCAUCACCUGUCGAUCCUCGGGGUCCAAAGGCUGUUUCAACUGUUUCAUCCUACUUUGGGGACGUAGAUAUCACGGUUCCCAUUGGGCAGGCUACCUACCAGAGCAACGUCACGUUCCAGGAGGAGGUCAUGCCAGUUACUGUUAAUAUCGUUGCCAAGAGAGGAUGCGACUUUGUGCUGUUAAACCUUAUUAACAAGCUGGUUGCCAAAGGCGUCUUGAGUUCUGUAGACACAGGAAAGCAACCAUUCAAAGAAUGA